AUGCCUGUGGGUGUCAUGAACGUGUUCGUGUGUGAUCUGGGUGUGCGAGUGAUUGUACGGUGCACACCUGUGUACCAUUGGGGCGCGCCGGGCAUGCUGCCGGGGACGCCAAAUGCCGGAGGAAUGCUCAUGAUUACUUUUUGGUCGAUAUCCUAUAGCAACUAUGGCGCUGCCUGUGACCGCCGUUGUGACGCCCUUGGUCUUCCUCCCGCAGGCGAGUGCCGCGCCGGGGUGCAGGAGGGCCCCAGGUUCCUGGUCGAGCCGCCCGACUCCCUGGCCUUCCUCAACACCACGGGCGCCGCCCUCCACUGCUCCGCCCACGGCGACCCCAAGCCCACGUUCACUUUACUGACUUACAGGACGAGCUGCCGCAUCCCGCCCUACGUGAGGGAGUACGUGAAGGUGGUGGCGUGGGUGCAGGACGACGCCUAUGUGAUCCAGCCGGGCCUCGAGAGCGUGUGGCGGAAGCUAUGGGGCAAUCUCUGGCCGGUGCGGUGCCGUAUGAUCUCUCGUACGAGGUAUGAUCUGCAUGGUAUAACGUCUCCAGUCGAGGAAAUGGAACGGGGCUGGACUCGGGAACGUAAUCUGAUGUUCAAGAGAAUGCAGGAGAAAAAAGCUAAGCUCUCCAAAGCCAUCAGGAAGAUACGAGAGGACGUAAAGACGCUCUCCUACUAUUAUAAAAUGGCUAGUGAUGAUAGAGCAAUGAGUGUUGCAGCCUCAUCAGUAGCAGCAUUAUUUGACGACGAUUCCCAGGGCAGUCCGGUGACAGGAGAACGGCGAGAAAUGCUUCGGUUUUGGUCUUACGUCGAUUCUAGGUUGUUCUUAAAACUAUAUAGUGGAAACGAAGAAAAAGACCUCAAUGACUAUCGCAGAGGCAAGUACAUGAUCCUGCACGACGGCGCCCUCCACAUCUACCGCGCGGACCCGAGCGACGGCUACAGGAGCUACCGGUGCAGGGAACCACACGCUACGGGCGAGAUCAGGGACUCGUCGGCAGGGAGGGUCAUCAUCACAGAGCCCCACGGGAACGUCGCGCCCCGCCUCAGCGUGGACAAGCGCGCGACGGUGACGGUGCGGGCGGGCGAGUGGGCGGUCCUCCCCUGCGCCGCCCAGAGUCACCCCACGCCCACCUACAGAUGGGUGAGACUCGGCGACGGCAUGAUGUCCGGCGUGGUGGGCGGCUCCUCUCGCUACUCGCAGGUGGGCGGCCUCCUGGUGAUCACGGGCGUGGGCGUCGGGGACCAAGGGCGCUACAUGUGCUUCGUCAACAACAGCGUCGGACACGAGACGGUCGACGCCACGCUGAGGGUCACAGAGCCCAUCAGCGUGCACGUGUCCCGCGGCGCCUCGUGGUGGACAUGGGCAAGACGGCGGAGUUCCGGGUGCGUCGUGCAAGGCCACCCCAUCACCUCCGUCACGUGGCUCAGGAACGGGAAGAGUCUGCCGCCCGAUGGAAGGUUCGUGACGUCCCCGCGGGAGGUGCUGACGGUGCACAAGGUGGGGAAGGACGACCGGGCGAUGUACCAGUGCGUGGUCACCUCCCGACACCAUAACAUGCAGGCGGCGGCGCAGCUGGCUCUAGGAGACUCAUCGCCGGAGCUGCACUACCGCUUCCAGGAGCAGACGCUGCCGGGCCCGUCCGUCAGCCUCAAGUGCGUGGCCACAGGGAACCCGCCGCCGCAGUUCGUCUGGACGCUCGACGGCUUCCCGCUGCCCGAGAGCGAGAGAUCGACGUCUGUGAGUCUAAGGGAGUUGCAAAAUAAAGAAUUAUUGAAUCCAACUGAUAAAUUGACCUGCCACUUGUUCAGACGCUCAAGAUGCCAAAGCAAAGUCAAGCUUGUCACCGAAGCCAAAGCCAAUGGUACACUCAAGUUAGAAAGAGGGAAUUUGACGUGUAUUAACAUUUUUGCCUCCGAGACGAAAAAGAGGCAGCGAGUUGGACACAGUGCGCACGGCGGUACUGUACAUCUGCUGAAGUACAGUGCAAUGUUCGAAUACGAUGUUCAGUGUCAUGUUCACACGUUCUGUGCAGCCCUUAUAACACUCACAGGUGUCUGCGUUAACUGGAGGGAAUGUCGACAUCAUGGCCAAACCGUCAUGGCUUGGAAAAACGGCCGCGCCCUCCCGACGGACAUCCGGCAGCGGGUCUUCGAGAACGGGACGCUGGUGGUGAUGCAGACGAUGCGGCAGAGCGACGGCGGCCGCUACACCCUGCCCGAGCCACCAACCCGCACACACCGCCUCCAGGGACGUCACCGUCUCCGUCACAGAUACACAGUAACAGUGGCUGAGGUUGUAGCAACAGUAUUAGUAAUAAUGUUAGAAGUAGCGGAGGUGUUAGUGAUGCAGAUUACAGCAGCAGCACCAGCGGGCAUAGUGCCAGUCCCCCCGAAGAUCAUGCCGUUCUCCUUCGCCAACAACAUCCUGAGCGAGGGCAACCGGGCUUCUCUCACCUGCCAGAUCUUGGAGGGCGACCUGCCCGUCAACUUCAGGUGGGAGAAGGACGGCGGCCCCGUGCCCCUCUACGACGGCAUCACGACCCGCCUCCUGGACGACUACCAGACGCAGCUCGUCAUCGAGAAGAUCAGCUCGAGGCACAACGGCGACUACACCUGCCUCGCCUCCAACUCGGCCGCCACCAGGUCCUACACCGCCACGCUCACCGUCAACGUGCCGCCCCACUGGGUGACGGAGCCGCAGGACACGGGCGCCGCGCAGGGCACCACCGUCACCCUCAACUGCCAGGCCGACGGCUACCCGACGCCCUCCGUCACGUGGAAGAAGGCCACGGAGGAGGGCAGCGGCAGCAGCAGCGGCGCCUCGACCUCGGGCCAGGGCGACUACCACGAGCUGGUGUACGGCGCGCGCGUCGAGGUCUUCAACAACGGCUCGCUGGUGUUCCGCAACGUGCAGAAGUCGACGGAGGGGCAGUACCUGUGCCAGGCGCACAACGGCAUCGGCGCCGGACUCAGCAAGGUGGUCUACCUCACCGUCAACGCGCCGGCCCACUUCCCGGAGAAGAUGGGGCGUGAGGUGGUGCGCAUCGGGCAGACGGCGGUGCUGCGGUGUCCUGCGCGCGGCGACCGCCCCAUCGACAUCCUGUGGUCCGUCGACGGGCGCCGCCUGGACCCCCACGCCGACCCCAGGUGGGCACACAAGGACUCUAGGAUUGAGGUUCGCGAGGAGGUCAUAGACGGUGGCCUGACCUCGGAGCUGGCCCUGACCUCCGCCGCCAGGUCACACUCGGCCACCUACACCUGCCACGCCGCCAACGCCUUCGGCAGAGACACCAGGAACAUCGAGCUGGUGGUGCAAGAGGAGCCGGAGCAGCCCAAGAACCUCCGCGUGGUGGAGACGCACAGCCGCCGCGUCAAGCUCUCGUGGACGGCUCCCUACAACGGAAAUUCUCCCAUCCAGAACUACCUCAUCCAGUAUAAGUUAGCUUCCGAGCCUUGGCCAGGGAUGCCGGAGCAGCUGAGCGUGCCCGGCGAGCAGACGGAGGGCGUGAUCCACGAGCUGGUCCCGGCCACCGCCUACCACCUCAGGGUCACCGCCCAGAACUCGCUCGGCCUCGGCACGCCCUCGGAGGUCAUCCAGGCGGCCACCGACGAGGAAGAGCCGUCGGGGCCGCCCUUAGAAGUCCGCGUGACGCCCGAGUCGUCGACGUCCCUCCGCGUGACGUGGGAGCCGCCCGCGAGGGACCUGUGGAACGGCAACAUCCUGGGCUACUACGUGGGCUACAAGUCGCACGUCCACGCCACGGACUACAACAUCCAGACGGUCGAGGUCGGGUCCGCGUACGGGGGCAGCACCACGCUGUCGGGCCUCCAGCAGUACACGCGCUACGAGGUGGUGGUGCAGGCCUUCAACAACAGGGGCGUCGGACCCCUCUCGCCCCCCGUCAUCGCCACCACGGAGGAGGACGCGCCCAGCCUGCCCCCGGAGACGAUCCGGUGCGAGGCGACGUCGUCCCAGAGCAUCUCGGUGGCGUGGCGCCCGCCGCCCGUGCGCGGCCAGAACGGCCUCAUCAAGGGCUACCGCGUCCUGUACCGGCCGGCCACGGACUACCCAGAUCCUCCACACCAACUCGAUACUCCCUCGGCAGAUGAGGAGGCUCAGGCAGAGACCACGGCCGAAAGCACCAACAUCUUCAGCCUCGAGAAGUACACCAACUACAGCAUCAGCGUCCUCGCCUACACCAGCGCCGGCGACGGGGUGCCCUCCUCGCCCGUCUACUGCAGGACGCUGCAGGAUGGUCAUGCCCGACGCCCCCGCAUCAAGGCCGUCAUCAGCUCUGCCAAGACGGUGCUGGUGACCUGGUUGCCGCCGGCCAAGGUCAACGGCAUCCUGACCAAGUACACGCUCUACAUGGCCGUCAGCAGCCAGGGAAGCCGGAGAGAGCUCCCCUCCCGCACCCUUGGCCCGGCCGAGACCUCGUACGUGGCGGAGAGCGUCAGCACCAAGGACAAGUACGAGUUCUGGGUGUCAGCCUCGACGCAGAAGGGCGAGGGGAAGGCCACGGGCAAGAUCGAGGUCCAUCCGAGCAGCAAAGUCAGAGCCCAGAUCGCGUCCUUCGGCGGCCCCCUGGAGGUGGCGUGGAAGGAGGACGUGCGGCUGCAGUGCCACUCCGUCGGGGAGCCUCCGCCCGAGAUCGAGUGGAAGCUCAACGGCAACAAGAUCACGCCCACGGACAGAAUACAGGACCGCCCCAACGGGUCCCUCUUCAUCCGGGACGUUCAGAAAACGGACGCCGGGAACCUGAGCUGCACGGCCGUCAACGCGCACGGCACGGACACCAUCACGUACAUUCUAACUGUGCAGGUCCCGCCCGCGCCGCCCACGCUCUACGUCCAAGGGAGUUCCAGAGACGCCCUCACUCUGCGCUGGAGCCUCCGCCCGCACCACGCCCUCGUCAGGGGCUACAUCCUCAACUACAAGAGGGAAUACGGCAACUGGGAGGAGGUGGAGCUGCACACGGCCAGAACCACGCACACGCUGUCGGGGCUCGUCUGCGGGUCGCGCUACCAGCUCUACGUCACGGCCUACAACAAGGUGGGCACCGGCCUGCCCUCCGAGAUCCUGACCACGUCCACCAAGGGAUCGGAGCCGGUCGUGCCCAGCCGCUCGCGAAUGCUCGACGUGAACUCGACGUCCGUGCUGGUCCACCUGAGCACCUGGGGCGACGGGGGCUGCCCCAUCCUCUAUUACGUCAUCGAGUACAGGGCCGCGUCGUCCAGGGACUGGAUCUCGGUGGCCAACAACGUGGCUCCGAGCGAGAAGACGUACGUGAUCCGCGACCUGAUCCCCGCCACGCGCUACAUCGUGCAGGUCAAAGCGCACAACCACGCGGGCUCCAGCGAGGCCACCUAUGACGUCACGACGCUCACGCCGGAGGGAGUCCUCCUCCCGGGCGAGGACGGCGCGAAGGACCGGGCCAUCUCGCCGCCGCUCUACCAGGACCUCCGCGUCGUCAUCCCGGCCGCCGUGGUCGUCGUCAUCGUCAUCGAGGUCAUCAUGGCCAUCGUCUGCGUCUUCAGGAGGAGGAAAAUGCGCGAGCGGGGCAGCUCUGGCGGCAUCGCCGAGUCGCCCUCGACGGCCCAGAUUCAGAACCAGCAGAACCAGCACCAGCAGUACUCCGCGCUGCCGGCCAACACGCCCUCCACGCAGGACACCAGCACCAACAAGGAUUCCUCCGGUGCUGCCGCGGCGCUCGCCUCUCGCAUGGCUGUUGAGGGCUGGGUCCCUCCAUAGUUUUUUUUCCCGUUGUUUGGUUUUGAAAGAUGUAUUGAUUUCUGUUCUUGAGUGACGGGGUUUUGUUUCCUGUGUUUCUUAAGUAUUAGGUUUUUUGGAGUACUGUAUUUACAUGUAUCAUUAUUAUUAUUUCAUGUAUUUUUGUUCAUGGAUGUUCAUUUGCAAUGAUUCUUGGAUGUUGCACGACAGUAGAUAGUGUGCUUCGAUAGAAUUUUCUUGUAAUUUAUUUCUGUGUUUUUAUUUAUUUUAUUUUAUUUUUGAUGUAUCAGAACACCAGCAUCCGUGUUGUCUUUUAUUGAAAUAUUUACAUCCUUCUGCAUUUCAGUUGGUUUGUUAUUUCAUUUUAUUGGUAUGCAUUUGUACUUAUGCAUUUCUAUUUCAAUUUCAUGUUUUAUAUUAAUAUUGACUAUUUGCCUUAUUUUUUGUCAUUGCCGUUGAUUUAGUUUUAAAAAAUCCAUAUGUUAAAGCCAAUUACUGUUGUUUGCUACGUAUUAUUUCCUUUUUUUGCACACACAUGACAUAGUGUAGACCCUGUGUCUAGCAUGAUCUUGUCUCGAUUCGUAAUCGUGUCCAGGAAUAGACGAGGCACAGCGAAAGCGCGUAAAUGUUUCCUUUUGUAAAUGAACCUGUUGUGUAUUUUUCAUAUCCUUUGUAGAAAAUCUAUAACAUUUUAUAUGUUUACAUCUAAAUUAUAUAUCUGCAUCUUAAAUUUGAUGAAUAUUGAACUGAAACACAUCUUUUAUAUGCACUCUGUUUGUCUUCCAUAAUCUCCUUUGUUCAUAUGUGUCCUCUAUAGAGUAUGUUUGGAAGAUUACAAAUGGAUUUUCGGGAAUAUUUGUAGCAAUUUCACAACUAACUUUUAUCGAUGAUCAAUAAUUUCACGUAAAUAUCUUUCAGUGUUUGUUUGCCAUGGUAUAACGUAUCAUUGUUGAGCUAAACGUUUAAUACUAGUGUUUAUUACUAAUGUUUGCGUCUUUA